GCGAUUUUUGCAAAGUGAGACAUGCAUUUUUCUAUUUACAGCAUCUUUUAUUCAGCCAAGGAUGGUAGAUACCGGUUCGGCAAGUUGCUGAGACUGGAGGUAUCAAAUACCAAUCUCCAAGGUAUCUAGAACAGGGGCUUCUUCCAUUGGAGCUGAACGGGCUAGCUGAGACCCCCACCAGAACAAGGCCCCGCAUCCCACCUCUGCUCGCACGGUCUGCUCGUAUGGUGGAUGGGGCCGGUGAAGCCAGCGGGCGAAUUGAUGGACCCCUCACCCAUCAAAUCACCUUUGGGCAGUGACGGACCGCGACGCGUCUCGAGGAUCAAGUCACUCGGCCCCGCCAGAAACACCACUACUGUUGUCGACAAAGGCUACCUAGACAUUUAUCUGAUAGCGGUCUGAUACCACCUCGCUGAGGCCCGCGACAAAUUUCCGCAGCAGCCCGGACACGUCAAUUAACAGCCACGGCGGGCGGACGGCGCGGCCUGCCGGGCACAAUGUCGGCAUCACUGCUUGCUGCCCACCUCGAGCAAAUCGCCAUCUCGUGCCAGGGCAUCGAUAGUCUGCCCUUCCCUCCACCACGCAUCUUCACCAACGCCCUCCUGUCGACCCACGACAUCACCUCCCUGAUCCGCGACACCGAAGCCCACGAGCGCGCCCUCUUCUCCGUUCCUCCGCCCCCGCCCCAGCCACAGCAGCCGCAGAAACCGGCCAACCCCGAACCCGCAGAUGCGGACGACUUGGCAGGCAACACGGGCAAGAAGCGCCGCCAGACCGUCUUCAACGUCGCCGCAGGCGAGGUGACCACCGGCCCUCCCCCCGGGACCGGCGGUCGUUCGGCCGGGGGCUCCCGGCGUAACACCGCCGUGGCCGCCGUGCUCGGCGGGGACCUGCACAGCCAGAUAACCCGGGCCGGCCGCGGCGGCCCCCGCGGCGCUGACGGCGAGGUCGACAUCGAGGUGCUCUUGCGCGGCGCCGAGAAGCUGUGUCAAGUCUACCCGCUGCCGGGGGCGCUGGACCGCAUCCCCGAGCUGCGGCGGAGGCACGCCCACCAGAACAACACGCUCGCGUACUACGAGGCCCGCGUCGCCGAGCAGGCCGAGCGUCUGGCCCGCAUGAAUAGGGAUCAUUAUGCCGACGACUACGACGACGACAAGGCGGGCGAGGAGGAGGAGAAGGAGGAGGAUGGUGCGGCCGCUGGGGGAGACGACGGCAUGACCGAAGACGACCUCAGGCGGGAGGAAGAAGGGGUCCGGGAGCUGGACAGGAAGAAGAGGGAACUCCAGGCGAGGCUACGCACCAUGGACAAGGACCUCGGUGGGCUGCUCCACAUGUGACUGCGGCGACGACGACGGCGCUUUGCUUCCGAGCACACAACCACGAAAUCUUACGAUGAAAUCUUGGGAUGAAAUGAGAAGAGCUCACAUGAUACCCCUGGACCGACAAAUCGCUCGGGAGAGGAGGUGAAAAAAAGGUGACGGAAAGCGACAUAUCGCACAGAUUCUACUUUAGCAGGUCAUGGACGGGUCCGCCGACGCCGCCGACGCCCCCUUUGCCCCCUUGCCCUCGGCCGCCUUCUUGGCGCGCACCAGCUCGGCCAGGAAGGUGCCGGCCUCCUGGGCGCCGCUGACCUCGACGUCGUCGUUGAUGAUGAAGUGCGGCACCCCGUGCACGCCCCGCUGGUAGGCCCUCUCGACCUCCUCGUCCACCUCGGCGCCGCCUUUGCCCUGCUCCAGCCACGCGCGCGCCUCGGCCGCGUCCAGCCCGCCGCGCUCGGCCGCCGCCACCAGCGCGUCGGCGCUCGUGAUGUCGGCGCCCUCCUCGAAGUAGGCGCGGAACAGCGAGCCGAUGAGCCGGUCCUGCGCCCGCGCCACCCCCUCCUCGGACGGCCCGCCCUUGGCCCGCGCCAGCUGCACCAGCCGGUGCGAGUCGCGCGUGUUGCCGACCCGCCCCUGCCACGUGAAGUCGAUGCCCUCUUGCCGGCCCGUGGCCGUCAUGCGCUCGUGGAUGGCGCGCACCCGCUCGACGGACCCGAACUUGCGCGCCAUGACCUCCUCGAGCGGCCGCGACGUGGGCGGCAGCGUCGGGUCCAGGUAGAAGGGGUGCCACGUCACGGUGAACUUGUCGUCGGCGCCUCCUGGGGUUGUCUUUUUGUAGAGCUCGAUGGCCUUUUCGAGCCGCUUCUUGCCUAUGUAGCACUGAAGUGGGGGGGGGUGGGGUGGGGUGGGUGUGUGUGUGUGUGUGUG